UCUUGUUCGUUAAUUUUUCGUCUCUCUCAGUUUUUCUCUUGCGACAUGGCUGAGCCGGAACCACGAGAUGAUCCCGAAUAUAUGAAAAACUUCCCAAAUGGAUUUCUCGAUUUUGAUGUCGCCCAUAUCUGUUUUUCCGAAGAAGACAGAGAUUUGAAUCUUGAAGAAGAGCCGACUAAGAUUAAUCCGGAGAUUUGUGAUCAUGUAUUCGCUCGAAAACCUGUGAAAGACUCUGCUUCUUGUUCCGCCAACAACAAAACAGAAGCUUCUUCUUCAAGAAACAGUGAAGAUAGUAGUGAAUCUGGCGAGAUAAGAAGGGUAGCUAAUAAAGAAGAUGAUCACAAUGAUGGUGAUGUGCCCAAGGAAUCUGAUGAUGAAAUCGAGAGGUAUCAUCGUAGAAUGAUUGAGUUGUCAGACCAUAGAGAAGAAGCUGAAAACAGAGAAAAACAGAGCCACGAAGAAACUUGUGGUCUUAUUAAUCCUUCAAAUCAGAAUCCAAGGCCUAAUCAGAUUGCUACGAGUAGUCAUACGAUGGACCCCCAGCAGCAACUCACAAGAACAAACCGUGGAUCAACAUCGUCUACAAGUGAUCGAAACAAUAUCAGCCAACCUAUUGGUAUGCAGAGUCAACUUUCUCCCAAUGCUGCAUCAUUCAGACCUCUGAACAACACAUAUCAGCAGCUUCCAGGGGCUGACCAGAUGGCCAAUCUAGUUCCAACGUAAACUGUGAUGCCAACGCCGACUCAUAUAUAUAUUCCAUGGCCAAUGCAGGGUCCGAUGAUAAACCCAUAUCAUCAUU